AUGCCGUGGCUGUCACCUCUCGAUUCCCCGGCCGUGUCGCCGCGAAGCGGCUACUCGUCUAAGCUUACCAAUGGCAUGACCACAUCGGGCUCGGGGCAGAUGCCCCUUGGGGUCACCUUCAUCCCGUCCCUCAUCGACGGAGCUUGCGGCACACUUCCCAACCCGCAACGCUCGGUUAUGGAACGGAUGCGAGGUGACAUGGCACACGCUCUUUCCUUACUCCCGGAUAUGCUGAGGGCGGCGAUGCCGCGUCGCUUGAGCUCAGUCUCCAGGAUGGAGAUGAUGGAGAUGGCCCAACACACUUGUCUUGCUAUGCUUGAAAUGAGUUUCUUGGCUUGUGUCAUGCCGCUUUGGGCGUGUCUCCCUGGGUUGAUGUUUGCGGCAUGGAUGGGUUGCUGCAUGUCGAUGAUCAUGGGAAUGGUCUGGAUGUUGAACGGGGGUGGAUCGGCGAGACAAAUGAUUCGGUCGACGGCGGCCGGAGACUGGAUGAUGGGGCAGGAUAUGGAGGAUGAACGCUGGUACUUUGUCGGGGCCAUGGGAAUGAGGACAAUGGCUCACUCAACACUCCCAAUGCUGUCCAAACUCUUCAACCGGACAAUCAUGAGUUCCUGCGCGCCGACGUACGGCUUGCCAUUUGACAUGCUCGCUCUCAUUCUGCAGAGGUCGCUGGGCAUGAUGAUGCCAUCACCCAUGACCAACACCAUGUACGCCCAGAUCCGCGCGUCCCUGCUCGACCGCAGCGUGUCGCGGACGGUGGUCCUCGCGCACAACACCGGCGCCAUCUGCACGUCCCGGAUCCUCCGCCAGCUAUACGCAGACUUGUCCCCGGACAAGAUGGCCAAGCUAGAGAUCUACACGUUUGGCGCCGCGGCCACCGAGUUCGUCACGCCGCUCGGAGGGACCGCCGCCUCGGCGGUAGCCGACUCGAAGAAGCUCGCCACGCAGCCGCAGAUGCACGCCGCCGGAGUUAUGGAGUCCCGCGAGCCACACAUCGAGCACUUUGCCUUCGUCAAUGACCCGCUCGCCAGGAUGGGUGUCCUGCGCAGUGUGCGGGAGGAUCUGGAGGGGCGCUUCUGCGGCGGAGUGUUUGUGCUGAACUGCCCUGGCUCAGCUCACCAUAGCGAGGAUAUGACAACUAGGAACAUGGCACCACGUCCAAUGAUGUCCAUGAUGGACUAUAUGCACUGCUUAUUCCCCCAGCAACAUCAGCAGCAGCAGCAACAACAACAACAGAACAGCAAUGCGGCCGUGAACAAAUGCAGCAGAAGCAGCAUCCUGGACUGCAUGAUGACCAUCGACCGCGACACUGCCGAGAAGCGCGAGUUCGCCGCUAUGGCGAACCAGAAUAACUCUAACAGCUCGGAGAAGAGAACCAAGCGGCUCAGCUGGACGGGGCUCGGCGCCACCGCCAACGGCAUGAAGGGCAGCAUGGACGGCGUCGUCGGGCUCGAGAUGGCGCGCAUGGGCUGCAGGGAGUGCGAGGGCCACCGGGCCAGGGACGUCAGCAGGCUUGUCAGGUACGCUGGCUUCCAGAGUCGCUACUCCACCAGCAUGGAGAGACGUGAUGUUGCGGAGGCUUCCGGUGUUGGUAAGGUGCAGUAA